CGUUACAACUUCCCUACAUGAAGUAAUUCAUUGUCCUUUUCGGAAAAGAUCAUAAGCGACGAAUGACUGUGUUUACAGUUAAAGUUGAACCAUUAUAUGAAUGAAUAUUUUUGCUAUGAACAACGAUGGGCAAUGAAGAGUAUGGCAACGAAAAAGUGAUACUUGCUACAGCUGGUUACGACCAUUCCAUAAGAUUUUGGCAAGCGCACAAUGGAGUGAGUCAUCGAACUGUUCCACAUUCCGACUCCCAGAUCAAUGACAUGGCCAUCACACCAGAUAGACGUCAUUUGGCAGCUGCAGGUUACCAACACAUAAAGAUGUACGACAUUAAAACCAGUAAUAUUAAUCCAAUUUUGAACUACGAUGGAAUUUCGAAGAACACGACGUCCGUUGGUUUUCAAGAAGACGGAAAAUGGAUGUUUACCGGUGGUGAAGAUUGUUCUGCAAGGAUUUGGGACCUUCGUUCAAGAAAUCUGCAAUGUCAACGAGUUUAUCAAGCGAAGUCUGCCGUCAACUGUGUCGUCCUACAUCCAAAUCAAAGUGAACUGAUCGUCGGUGACGACAGCGGUGCGAUACAUGUGUGGGAUUUGAGAACUGAUCGCAGUGAGAAGCUUAUACCUGAAGCAGAAGCCGCUGUGUUAUCUUUGAGUAUCAACGAGGAUGCAACAUACAUGGCAGCCAUUAACAACCAGGGAAACUGUUACGUGUGGAGUUUAUCGUCUGGUACAACAACGGAGCCAACUGUCUUGAGACCGCGAUCAAAACUCGUGAAAGCCCACGAGAAAGCUGGUUUGAAAUGCUUAUUCAGUCCAGAUUCGUGCUUGUUAGCGACCACCUCUGCUGAUCAGAGCAUAAAGAUAUGGCGUACGAGUGAUUUUACAUUAAAAUCGACGCUCAAGGACGACGAGCAACGUUGGGUUUGGGACUGUGAUUUUUCUGAUGAUUCACAAUACCUUGUUACAGUUUCGUCUGACGCAAUUGGACGCUUGUGGUCUUUGGAACAAGAAGAGGUCGUUCGUAAAUACAAAGGACAUCAGAAAGCGCUCGUGUCACUCGCUUUCAAAGACGUACGCAUCGACUGAGCAUGCGCAGAAUGUACUUGUACAAGAUAUUAUACAAAGACGUACCACAACUCUCGAACUGUUCAUACUGAAUGUCCCAUUUAAACAAACCUUGUGUUUCAUAAUUGACGUCGCUAUGUGAAGAAUCUGUCAAGAAAAUGAAUAGAUGUUUAUAAAAAAGCAUUGAUUGUUAGAGUCAAAUGAAAUACGAAAUAAAAUAAACUGACCAUUAA